CCGCCGCGCUCCCCUCAGCGCCGGGCGGGCGGCUCGCGGGCGGGCGGGCGGACGGACUCACCGAGGCGCAGGGGCUGGAGGUGGCGCUCGGGGUUCUCACAUCUAUUUGAUGCAACCCUCCGUUUAGCCUGUAAUUUUGUGGAUUUGUGGCAGUUCUGGACUUCAAGAUCCUUAAAUCUGAAGUCAUGUAACACAAUGAUCUAAGUUCAGUACUGAAGAGUAUGCUGGGCUGCCAAAGCCAAAAGACAACCUACAGCUAUUCUGAGUCGUGGAUGAGACAUAGCAACCUUUGGGAUUAUUGCUUAGCAACAGCAAACACACACAGAGGAGUAAAGCUCACAGUCCAGCUCUACAGCAGGACUGAGAAAUCCCUAAUUGAAUUUAAGUUUUUUAAUGGCUGAGAACAGAUGGGCAUAUAUUUAAAUUCCUAUUCAUUUGCAAAACCACUCUGGAAGCAGGAGGAAUAAGAUCUAUUUUCAUACCUGCUUCAAAGUGAAUGAAGUAUGGCUGCUCAGUCAGAAGAAGCACAAAUUCCAGGUCUAAAACUCCCUGAACAUGGAAAUAAGACUAUGACUGUCACAGAAUUGAAGACAAAUCAGGGAAGUGACGAGCUACCAUGUCUUAGCAAUUAUGCUCCGUGGAAAGACUGUUUUUAUGAAAAGGUACAGCAGAGAACUCUGAGUCUGCAGGAGACAAAGAUUAAGAUGAUUCAGGCACAAAAGGCAAAAGAAGAAAAGGUGAAAAAGAGAGAACCCUGUGACUGUCUGUCCAAGGGAUGGUUUAGAGAAGAGAGAUACUCACUGGAUACUCGUACCUAUUUGCUUGACAAACUCUUACCUACAUUAAUCCCAGGGGUGGAAAAGCUGUUAAUGGAAGUGGAAAGAAAAAAUGUGCUUGCAACAGACAAGCACUCAACCAAAUUUGACCCCAUUAAUUUUCUUGGAGAAUAUCUGAUGAGGCAUAACCCCCAGUCCGAUAUUUUUACAAAACCAGGCCCAUAUGCGAGAGGAAUGAAGAUGGUUACAGAGGAGCUAAAAAUUGAGGUACCAGAUACAACAUCAAACAGGUUGGCCAGGAUGAAGUUUGAGGCAAAGAACAAACGUAAGCAAAGGGAACAGGUGGAGAAUAUAAAGUCUCAAGUGAAAGAGAUGAGAAAGGAAGCUCUGGCAAUUCAGUUCAAAGAAUGGACAAUGGAUGUCAGUGGGAGAAUACCAAUCGCGCUGGUUCAGAGUGCCCUGAGGUCAUUUCUGGAUGUCACUGCUUCUACUCCCAUAAGUGCAGGAAAAGUCUAUGACAGGAAGCUGGAAAUCGUAGACAUGUUGGAAAAAAAAGUAAACAUAGAUGAAUUCACAGAGUAUGUCCAUUCCACCAUUGAAAACUUUUCAAGUGACAUGUUCCAAGAACUCCUGAAGCAUCUCUGUCAGUGUGCUGAUGACUUCCGAGAAAUAAUAAGACAUGAUAUGUGGAGGCAAAUGUUUACUGAUCUCUUCAUAGAUUGUGAUUAUGGAAAGGUCGGUCUCUUAAAUAGGCAAAUAGUACUCGCCCUACUGGAAGAGUUCUAUGACAGAAGCCCUGUGAUUACCAAGAGGGGAUUCUGUAAUCCAAGACAAUGGCCAAUAGUUGAGCUGCAAGAGACUGAGCUUGUAGAUUUAUGGGGAGGCCUUGAUGAGCAGGAAGUUUUUGAGGAACUUAGUGAAAAGUCUGCACUGUCUGAAACAGAAAUUUCUGAGGGACAGACUUUAGCAUACGAACCUGUAGGUGAUGAUAGACAAGGCACAUACGGAAUGAGCGCUACUGACAGAGAAGAUCCUUUUGAACAAAUGGACAUGAGUGAAGCUGGGACUAGAGAGAUUUCUAAGGAGGAAAACCAAACAGCAACUGUGCUUCUGAAAACAGAAUCAAGUGAUGCAGAGGUAAGAGAGGAAAGUGAGGAUGGUGUGUCAACGAUGAAAAGCACUGAUUUUGAACCUAGUGAUGUGGAUGGAGAUAUAAUCCACAGUGAGAGAUCUACUUUGUAUGGAGACACCAGAACUGAGAUGCAAGCUGAGACUGCAAGUGCAGACAGCCAGGAGGAAUCCUUCCCAAGAUCAACCUUUACUGGGGAUUGUAGCACUAGAGAUGAAGAACCUGGAUCUGAAAAACAAAUGGAGGAGAGGGAAUUCAGCCUGGGUAGAGAGCCAGUUCCAGAAACAAGUACAGGUAAAGACUAUAUGAUCUCAGAUAGAGAAUCUGGCACAGAAGGGCAAGUUAGACAGGAGGAGGACAGUUGGAUUGCAGAGCCAACCAAAACAAUUCCAAGACCAACACCUGAAGUUACAAGCAUGACCUCAGAAGAAGGAGCUGUGUCUGGGAAAGAAACUUCUUCAAGAAAAGAGAGUUUUUCUAAGCAGCAUGACAACCAGUUUGGAAGACAGGCAAGCUCAGAGACAAGACCACAGGCUGAAUACCUUUUGCAAGACCAGGAUAAAGACUUGCGUCCAAUCAUGGCAGAGAUUCAGAGCCGUGGUGCUUCUCACAUUAGGAGUGCGUUUGAUGAAAGUUGCCUCAACCUGCCGCAGUUUGUCCAGCUCAUGGAGAUGUUUGUUGGUAAAGGCACUUCUUUGCCUACUAUGAAGAGGCUUAUUGCAUUUAUCAAAGAAGAAUACAAACAGACAGAAGAGGAUAAAAUGGAACAACUAAAGAAAGUUCACCGCAGCUCUCUCUUGGCCCGACGGAAACUGCUUUUGGAGGCACUUUUUGAAAAGUGGGACAACAAUGGAUCUGGGUUUCUGGACCUGGAAGAGGUAGAUGCUGUUCUAAGCACAUUCAAAGAAGGAAUGGAAAAAAAGGCCUUGAGGAAUGCAAAGAAACACCUUUGCUCACAUUACCCACAGCCAAGCAGAAUGGGGAAACUGUCCCCACAGACAUUCCAGACUUACCUUGAAUUGGUGGUUUCUGAGUUAACUGGAGAUGAGGAUGAAGUCAUUGAUAACUUGGUGGAGUUUCUGACCACCAGUGUGGAACGAAGUCACGUGGAGCACCUGCGACGCUUGGCGAGGAGGAAAUGGCUGCAUAGUAUCGAACAAGCAGCUGAGACCAGUGGAGCAAGCAUGGAACCAGUUUACAAAGCAGUGUUUAAGGUCCUCUCCCAGGAUGCGGAAGCCCAUGGGGAUAACAAGAGGAUCAGUGCAUAUAUUGCCCUUUUGGAAGAGAACCAGGUCUCACCAGAGCGAGGACGGAUUCUCCUACGCUGUGUAGCAUGUACUGCAGAUGAUGCUCCGUAUGUCCUAAAUCAGAUACUUUACAGAGAUGUAGAUGGAGUAAGCUUUUUAGCUGUUGAAGAGGGGAAGCCAAUCCAUGUUCCAAAAGUUCAGCUCCAUGGAAACAUCCACUUCUGGAACUAUGACCGCCCAGCUGAGGAGAGAAGAGGUUCAUUCCUGGUACUGCCGUUGCAAGAUGCUCGCUGGAGAGUCUUUGGAAUUCUAGGACUUGAUACACUUCGGGACAAGUGUGAGAAAACCAUCUUUCUGACCCAUGAGAUCAGUUUCUAUCAGGGAGUUUCUCAUACAUUCAGCAAAGCCUACCACCAUGUCUGCGCACUGGAAAAUAUUCUGCAAGUGACGCUCACUGCUCUGGACUGGUUGUAUCCAAGAGCACCCAACAUCCACACUGUUAUUACGUAUCUGAUGGAGCCUGGCCAAGAUAAGACAUAUGACUAUGCUCUGCGGAAGGUGAUUACUACAGAUCAUUCAGGGCAAAGAGAAAUUCAUACCUCUCCAGUUCUUCUCCUCAGAAAAGAGAACCUUUUAAGAGAUUACCUGUUUAAAUGCACAGACAGUUCACAGGUCAUUGGUACUUAUGUCUGUGGGGAACACCACUUUGCAAUACCUCUCCGUGAUCUAUCAGGACAUGCUCUUGGAGUAUUAGAUCUAAGUAUGGGACAUCACCAGGAAUUACCACCUCAUGAACAUAAAGACCUGCAAAAAAUGCUAAAGAUGGUCCAAGCUGCCUGCUCUGAGAUAUUGAAGAUGUCUUCAGGGGAAACAGAACCAGUCUAUGUACUAGAGGCAGAACAUGCAGCAAGUUUGAGGCAUACAGGGAUUCUUUUCCACCGGUUCAUGCUGCAGGACCUGCGUGAGUGUGUCCAGAAACUUAAAGCUGAGGACUUUGCUGAAAUAAAGAGCUAUGUAGAACCUCCAACUCUGGUACAUAACAUAGUAAAGGCCGUGCUGUUGCUUUUCUAUCCAAACUGGAAGGAGAAGAUUGAGAACUGGAGUCAGUGUAUACUGAAACUUGAUGACAAUUUGAUUCAGAAGAUUUACUACUUUGAUCCAACCGCUGCACCUGCACAAGUUCAAGCAGAAGUGCUGCUGGACUGUAUCACCGGUAUACCUAGAGCAGACGUGUGGAAGCAUGGCUCUGUUCUGACUGAAUACCUGUAUGACUGGGUAGGCACCUGCUUGUCACUGGUAGCGCUCACAAAGUGCCUUCAUGACACCAAAGCUCCAUCUUCAGCCACUGUGAUACCAAAUUCUAAAGUUAAAUCAUUCAUUUUCUCAUAUAACUCUAGUGAUUCUGAUAGUUAA